AUGUCAAGUCAAGCACCUCUCAUGCCCACCUUUAGGGGGCAUAUCUCCACCACCAUGGACGCUCUCAUCCUCUUUGAGUGCUGUUUACAUGGCCGUCUUAAUCACGUCCCCCGGCGCCCCCAUGACCGCGAGCGUCAGGAUCUGAUUGCCAGCGGAAACAUCUUCAUCUAUGAAGAGCAUGCUUCGGGCAUUAAGCGCUGGACCGAUGGCGUCUCGUGGAGCCCCAGCCGCAUCCUCGGCAACUUCCUCAUCUAUCGCGAGCUGGACAAGCCAUUCCCCCCUGGGGAGAAGAAGCGAGCGCUCAAGAAGAAGAAGAACAGCCAGGGCAUCAGUAAGCCCGACGCCCGCACCAACGCGGGGUUUUCCGCCGUCGGCAUGGAUCCGGCUCACAUCAAGGACCCGGAGCGCUCCCUGGUUGGCUCCCUGGUGGACUCGUACCCCUUCAAGAAGAAUGGCUUGAUCAAGAAGACGAUUAGUAUCACUUUUCAGGGCGUCCCGCACCACCUUGUCAGCUACUACAACGUUGACGACGUGCUCAAGGGAAAUCUGGUGACGCCAUCCAACUACCCUCUGUUUGCAGACGUCCAGCCUCGCGCUGAGCUGCUCAUGUCGCAGAACUUCCGCAACCCGCUGGACGAGGCGGCCAUCUUUAGCCAA